AUGCCGUCUGAACUCGCCGGUCAGUUCUCGGAGGAACAGUUGGCUACAGCAAGAGCGGUGAUGGCCGCGUUGUCGGCCUUGAAGCCAGCAAGAAAGGCAAACACAGAACCUGUACCCAGGACAGUCAUACACCAGACUGCAGAAACACCAGUCGGCGAAAAACGGAAGAGAUUGCCGAUAAGAAACCUAUUCGGAGAACAGAUCCUAGUGCAACAAGAACAACACCCAAAUACAAACCAGGCGAUUGCUCUGCGCAGUCGGCCGGAACCCAUGGUCAUCGAAGAGACAAGAGAAGCACCCCAGAGAUACGCGUCGCGCCGUUACACCAUCCAACCUGCAAACUCCCCCCUGUGCGCGGACAUUCUGGAGGAACCAAUGGAGAAAUUGAAGUUCCCACUCUGCAAGUACGACGGAUCCACAGAUCCGGAGGUCCACUGCAACACAUUUGAGCAACAUAUGAUGUUGUAUACAGAUUCCGACGCCAUGUGGUGCAAGAUAUUUCCCUCAACACUGCUGGGAGUGGCAUCCGGCUGGUAUAAGGGACUACCAAAGGGGUCGGUAUAUAAUUACCGACAGUUAGAAACAGAGUUCAUGCUACGGUUCAUCAGCCGGCAGCAGAGAAAGAAAACGUCGGGAGAGCUGAUGGCAGUCACCCAGAGAAGCGGAGAAUCCUUAAGAGAUUACCUCACCAGAUUCAACAACGAGUCCACCAGCAUACCAAACUUGCAGCAAGAGAUAGCUGUGGUGGCCCUGAUGAGAGGAAUGAACCACUGCGAGUUCAAAAAAUACUUGGGAAGAAAAUCCUUCACCGAUUUGGGAAGCGCACUGAUAAAGGCCCACGAAUACAUCAAAAGCGACGAGCUGAUGACAAUCCCAAAUCACUAUCAGUCGGCACAGACCAGAAAUGCCGCACCAAGGCCGGUUCAGCCGGCGCAGCAGAAUCAGAACAGGGGGUUCAGAAAGGACGAACAGAGGAAAGACCCAAGAGGGAGGGAUUACCAGAAACAAUCAACCAGCAUAUACCCCACAUUCCACGAAUACACUCCAUUGAACGCCCCAAGAGCCGCGAUUUACAAUGUCAACAAGAACGAAAACUGGAAGAGGCCUCCACCAAUGAGCGACAAACCCCGACCACAGUCGAAGUACUGCGCAUUCCAUGAUGACUGUGGACACUAUACGGAAAACUGCAGAGAUUUGAAGGAUAACAUCGAGGAUAUGAUCAGGAGAGGCUAUCUGACACAAUAUAAAGCCCGACAGAACAACAACAACCAAGAGAAUAGCAAUUGGCAAAGCAAUAACACAAACAACAGAUUACCAUCCACCCAAACACCGCUCCGAAUAGAGCAGAAAGCACCAGAAACCAGUCGGAAUGGGGAGGCUAGAAACAGUGGCCAGAAGGGGCCGACAGUAUGGGUCAUAUCUGGAGGACCGUGCCAUGGAGGAACAAUCAGUGGAGCCGGCAGAAGUCUGGGCGAACACCGCCACCUGGUAAACUACCACAGCACCAUAAAAUGGCCGGCAACCCAAGUCAUGCCAAAUAUUUCAUUCACCCCAGACGACUGUCGCGGAAUUAUAUACCCUCACGACGAUCCACUGGUUUUGGGCCUCGAAAUAGCAAACUUCCCAGUGAAACGAAUACUGGUGGAUGGAGGGAGUUCAGCGAACAUUAUCUUUUGGGAAGCCUUCGUUCAGCUGAAAAUAGACGAGACAGAACUCACACGAGUCAACUAUCCUGUGAUAGGAUUCUCCGGAGCCACAGUCUUCCCGGAAGGUAGCAUCAGGCUACCAGUGCAGAUUGGAGAAGGUAGAGCCGCAAGGGACCUAAUGGUAGACUUCUUAGUAAUCAAAGUGCCUGCUGCAUACAACAUAAUAGUGGGCCGGCCAUUCAUCCACGAUGCACAAGCAGUGGUAUCAACAUACCAUCUAACUAUGAUAUACAUGUCUAACUUUGAGAAGGCUGAAAGAAUCCGAGGCAGUCAAGAUUCAGCAAGAUCAUGCUACUUGACGGCAUUAAAAACACCAGGCCGACUGACCCCAUCUAGGAAUAUAGCGAGAGAGGCAGCAAUGAAAAGACCGGCAAAGGGUCAAGCCCCAAGAUUGGGGGGCGAGUCAUCUCUUUUGCCCAAGAAGGAGAAAAGGCAGAAAAGGGAGUCACCCACAAUCGAAAGCAUCGAAAAGGGGACUUCUCUACCUAGGGUAGAGGCCGGAGGAAGGUCAGAAGAAGUCGAGCUGGUAGAAGGAGAAACUGGCAGAACAGUAAAAUUAGGAACCGACAUUGACCCCCAGUUGCGGGUAAACAUGAUCGGUCUGUUGAGAGAACAUGCGGAUGUGUUCGCAUUUUCCGCAGACGAAAUUCCCGGUAUAAGCUCGGAGGUAAUCGAGCACCGACUGAAUGUCGACAGAGCAGUCAGGCCGGUAAAGCAAAAGAAAAGAAACUUCUCAACAGAAAAAAAUCAAGCAAUACAGGAAGAGGUAGAAAAGUUGUUGGCAGCAGGAUUUAUUGAACCAUGCGACUACCCAGAGUGGUUGGCCAACGUCGUAAUGGUUAAGAAGUCAAACGGCUCGUGGAGAAUGUGCGUAGAUUUCACAAACCUUAAUAGAGCAUGCCCAAAAGACUGCUACCCACUACCAAGAAUCGACAGGCUAGUCGACUCCACAUCUGGCCACGCGCUGCUCAGUUUCCUUGACGCAUUCUCCGGGUACCACCAAGUCAGCCUCGCAAAGGCCGACAGGAAAAAAGCAGCAUUCAUCACUGAGGGGGGAGUAUUCUGUUACAAGGCUAUGCCGUUUGGGUUAAAGAACGCUGGGGCAACGUACCAAAAACUGGUCGACAGAGUGUUCGCAAACCAAAAAGGCCGCAACAUUGAAGUAUACGUCGACGACUCCAUAGUGAAAAGCAAAUUGGAGACCGAUCAUUUAGAUGACCUCAGGGAAACGUUUGAAACUCUGCGCCGUUACCAAAUGAAACUAAACCCCAAGAAAUGUGUGUUCGGAGUGAAAUCGGGGAAAUUCUUGGGUUUCCUUGUCAGCGAGAGAGGCAUAGACGCAAACCCAGAUAAGGCUGCAGGAAGAAUGGCGGCUCUGACAAGAUUUGUUAGCAAAUCAGCCGACAGGUCGAUUCCAUUUUUUAACACUCUUAAGCAGAAUGGAAAACUCCGGUGGGGGGAAACCGAGGAAAGGGCCUUCGAGAAGGUAAAAGAACAUCUUCGUGCUUUACCGACGAUAGCCAGGCCGGAAGAGGGCGACAAGCUACAAUUAUAUGUGUCCGCUUCAGCCCAAACCGUUGCUGCCGUACUAAUCAGUGAAAAAGACAAAGUCCAGCAGCCGAUAUACUUUGUCAGCCACAUUUUGAAUCCGGCAGAAGCAAGAUACUCGCUGAUAGAGAAAGUGGCCUAUGCAGUCCUGAUAGCCGCCAGAAAGCUCAGACCAUAUUUUGACGCACAUACCAUACAAAUUCUGACGAACUUUCCACUAGAGAAGGCUUUGCAAAAAAUGGAUACAGCCGGCAGACUGUUGCGAUGGGCAAUAGAGCUGUCGGAGUACGAUCUUGAGUUUCACCCGCGCAAUGCAAUAAAAGCACAAGCUUUGGCUGACUUCGUAGUUGAAGCAUCCUAUCAAGAAGAGGAAACCAAAGCAGAAUCCUGGAAAGUAUCAGUAGACGGUUCAGCCGCUCAGUCGGGAGCGGGAGCCGGCGUUGUCAUGAUCUCUCCGACAGGAGAUAAGUUCGAAUACGCAAUCAGAUUCACUUUCGCAGCUUCGAACAACGAAGCAGAAUAUGAAGCAGCCAUUGCAGGGGUACAGCUAUGCUUGUUGGCAGAUGCCAAGAGGAUAGUAAUGACAACGGAUUCUCAGUUGGUGGCAAAUCAGUUUUCGGGAGAGUAUGAAACAAAAGAGCCGUCAAUGCGGCGGUAUCAAGAAAAACUGAAGACGCUGACAGCGAAGUUAGAAGCUUUUGACAUCGAAUUGGUCCCCAGAGCGUUGAACACUGCCGCAGACAGCCUAGCAAAACUGGCCAGUUCGAAAACAAUCGAGCUCAGUCGAUCAGUAAUGAUAGAAAUCAUGCACAGAAGGAGUACGGAGGAAAAAGGAAAGGAAAUAAUGGCCAUCACGGCAAACAAAGAGUGGUACGAUGAUAUCUGGGCGUACAAGACGACUGGAGUUCUCCCGGCCGAUAUCAGGGAGGCAAAGAAAAUCAAAAAAGACAUCUGCUGGUACGUCAUAUAUCAGGGGCAAAUCUAUAAAAGAGCCUUCAGCCUCCCCCUGCUGCGGUGUUUGACGGCAUACGAAUCCGCAAGGUUAAUCGAAGAAAUGCAUGAAGGAAUAUGCGGAAACCAUGUAGGAGGAAAAACACUUGCUUUGAUCUGCCAAAGACAAGGUUACUACUGGCCAACCAUGCUGGAGGACGCACAGAGCUACGUCAAGAAAUGCGAAAAAUGCCAGCUAUUUGCCCCAGUAAUACGUAUGCCAGCAAACGACUUGAUGCCCAUUUUGAAUCCAAUCCCAUUCGCCCAGUGGGGAAUGGAUAUCGUGGGACCCUUCACAACAGCCUCAGGAGGCAGGAAGUUCUUGAUUGUUGCCGUCGAUUACUUCACAAAAUGGAUUGAGGCCGAGCCGGUAGCAAAAAUAACAGCCAACCAGGUACGGAAGUUCAUCUGGAAAAACAUCAUAACAAGAUUUGGAAUACCGACAGCAAUAGUAUUCGACCACGGAUGCCAGUUCGACUGCGAACCUAUACGAGCAUUCUUGGCAGACUACCGGAUCAAAUUCGCAUAUGCCUCAGUCUGCCACCCGCAGAGCAACGGGCAAGCCGAGGCUGCAAACAAACAAAUACUCGUAGCCCUUAAGAAAAAGUUGGAUGAGUUCAAGGGCAAGUGGGCAGACACAGUCCCAGAGGUUCUAUGGGGUAACAGAACGACGGUUAAAGAAGCAACAGGAGAGAGUCCUUUCAAACUGUGUUUCGGAUCAGAAGCAGUCAUACCGGCUGAAGUAGCACUACCCACCUUUCGCAUCCAGCAUUAUGAAGAACAGGGAAACGACAGCUUACUCAGACACCAGCUUGAUUUCCUACCAGAGGUCAGACUGCAGGCGGAAAUUAGGUCGGCCGCAUACAAAAACAGAAUGAGCAGGGCCUACAACAAGCGAGUAAAACAUAGGAAGCUGGAGGUAGGCGACCUUGUACUCCGCCGGACGGCAGCAACCGGCAAAGCUCAAAAACAAGGAAAACUGACUGCAAAUUGGGAAGGGCCCUACCAGAUAUGGGAAGAAGUGGUAGCUGGAUCAUACAGACUAAUGGAGAUGAAUGGAACACCGCUGAAGAACUCAUGGAACGCAGAUACUUUAAGAAAAUUCCAUGUGUGA